AGGACCAUGUCUUCUCUACCUGUGAAUGUUGAAAUUUAUAAAAAGAUCCCUCCUAUGGAUGACAUAGUUUUGGAUAAAUGUUCACUUCUGCAGACAAUGGGACGUGAUGACGCAUUCUUCCUUGUAAGCCUGGGAGACAUCUAUCAAAGAUUGAGUCAAUGGCGAAACCUUCUGCCCAGAGUUUUUCCUUUCUAUGCUUUAAAGUGUAACAACGAUCCUGAGGUAACCAAAUUUCUGGCAGACACUGGAAUCGGUUUCGACUGUGCCAGCAAGGCGGAGUUAGUUCAAAUCCUUGACCUUGGUGUACAUCCAUCUCGUAUUGUCUAUGCCAAUCCUUGUAAGCCAUGUUCGCAUCUUCAGUUCGCUGCCAACAAUGACGUAGACUUGAUGACAUUUGAUGACAUCCACGAGCUGAUAAAGGUCAAACAAUAUUUCCCGAAAGCCAGAUUACUGCUGCGUAUCCAGUCCAACAAGCUUCAUAAAGCCAAACAUAAUUUCAACAAAAAAUUUGGCUGUGCUCUGAGAUCUGCUAAGAGAUUGUUGGUCCAGGCCAAACACAUGCACCUAAGCGUGGUAGGAGUCAGUUUCCAUGUUGGAAGUCUGCCGGAAGAUGUCACGUCUUUCUCCACAACUAUAUGUGAUGCAAGUCUUGCAUUUAAGUUGGGUGAAGACUUGGGCUUUGAUAUGACCAUACUGGACAUUGGGGGAGGAUUCCCUGGAGUAGAUACUGAACACAUGUCUUUUGAGAAGGUAGCUGCUGUGGUCAACACAGCCCUGGAUACAUAUUUUCCCGAGUCUCGUGGUGUCCAUAUUAUUGCAGAGCCUGGACGUUACUUGGCGACACCGGCCUUCACCUUGGCUGUAAGCGUCAUAGCCAAGCGUGUUGUGCAAGAGAACUUUGAAGAAUGUUCAGGAUGUCACGCUUGCCUGGACGUGUGUGAAUGCCAUGGGGCAUUCGAGUCGGUGGGCGAUGACGUCGUUCGCAAAGAAGAGCCAAUCAGAGACGAGGCAAUGGUGAGGAUGUAUUACGUCAACGACGGCAUAUAUGGAUCCUUCAAUAACGUCUUCACUGACCACGCCAUAGUUCACCCCUGUGUUCUGAAGUCAUCUAAAGCUUCUUCCCAGCCAGGCGGCCCAAGCAAGCUUCAUCGAUCAAUUUUAUGGGGCCCUACGUGUGACGGCCUUGAUUGCGUCAUGCGGGAAUGUCUCUUGCCUGAUCUGGAGGUUGGCCAGAGUCUGUACUUCCGGGACAUGGGCGCCUACACUGUCACGCUGUCCUGUGAUUUCAAUGGUAUUCCAAGGCCACUGCGAUUCUACAUCUGUGAUGACACGACAUGGUCUGCCAUUUACCCUAACCCUAACCAAGACUCCUACUUCAAAUGUGUGAAAGCAGAUCUCAGGAAAGAUUGUCUUCACCAGUUGGACUGCUUGGAAUCCAUUCCCGCCACAUGGUCGCAUACAACAUCUGUGCCAAUAAUGAACUCUACAGAGAACUGUGGAAAACCUUGUUGCUUUAAGGGGCCAUCUUACAACCAGAAUUAUCAGACCCCAGUCGUCACUCUAGAAUAUCAACAGCAUUAUCUGAGCGAGUAUUAUCAACCGUAUUCCCCUGGAACUCCAGAAGCAAAGUCAAUUCCAAGACCUUCAGACAAAAGGAGCUACAGGCUAUUGCUAAGUAAAGGGGAGUAAUCUCAUUUAAGAGAAGAAAAGGUUUAUCUUUCAUUCUAGUUAUGCCCCUGAAGGAGUUAAUAUAUGCUUAAUUAAACCAAAUAAUUUACCUGCGAGCCAAAGUUUCAACAUAAUGCCAGGCUCCACUCAUUUACAUGGAAAAGAAACAUUUCAGUGAACCAUUUAUUGUCUAUCAAUGGAACUAUUACAGAAGUCUACAUUCUCUGAAUCAAGAAUUGUUAAAACUAUCUUCCUGCCUACACAAUAUGAGAGACACUCGUACGUAAAUAGGAAGAAUGUUUUGUUCUUUGUUCUUAUAAAUCACUUGCAGAUGAGAAAAAAGGACAUGUUUGCAUUGACAGCAGUAUGUUCCAAUGGCUUUUUACAUUCAAAGAAAUAUACGAAACCUGUUACUCAGAAAUCCUCAACAUAAGUGUCCUUUUCAAAAAGACUUUUUUUGGUCUUCAGCGCGCAGUCGUGGUCCAAAGAUAUCGAGAAACUCGUGUGUUUUUUUUUUGUUUUUUUUUUCGCGAACUAUGAACUACUUCAAAACUUCGCUUCGUGAGGAAAUAUGAAGCUAAUAUAUUAGAUGUACCAUUGCCGGAACUAGCAUAAUGCAAUACAGUGAAGCCCAACAGGAAUUCACUCCUAUGAAAUUAUUUUACCAGCACUCUGUUGUUGUUG